AUGCCGUCCGGACACAUUAGCUACAGGCGUUCUCGACCGAGCAAUCACCUGCGGGCCAUCAAGACCCAACGUCCCGAUAUGCUCUGCGAUAUCCUCCACUGGGCAGUCGACGUGUACCGCUUUUCAUCCUUUGAGACCUUCGACAUCCACGUCUCCAUUCACCCAGGUGCGGCUGCAAUCCAAGUGGUCGACACCUCUGGCCAGUUCAUAGGCUGGGACAAAUACGUCUUCCAGGUCUGGGGUCAGGCGGACAAGACUAUGGCGGUAAGGCUAGAUAGCCGGGGCUGCAUCAGAGUCUGGUUCAACGAUCGCUGGGCUCGCUUCACAAGAUUCCUAAGGUUGAUCAAACCUCCCUACAGUUGGAACCUCUCUAAGGGACCUCUAACCCGAGCGGACCAAGACUUCCAGUGGUACCAACAGAGCAGGUGGUGGCUUGGGAAUCGCAAGAGUUUCCUCUUUCUAAGACUGCCUCCGGAAAUCAGGAAUCUCAUAUACGGGUUCGCUCUGGGUGACAAGAUCGAGCCGUACCCGACACAUAGAGAUCGAGGUGUUGGCUCAAACUCUCGUUCCAUGAUCAUACGCAGAGCCAACACCGCUCUCCUUCAAGUCAGCCCCCUGGUGUACAAGGAAGUAAGCGACAUGAUCUACACCUUCACUCCUUUCUUCGUUGAGCACUUCGGGGUUGCAGAAAAGCUUCUGCGCAAACCUCGACCCUGCUCUCGUAUUCGGCAGCUCGAGCUGGCAUUAACUCAUGACGAUUUCUUCUGGCUGUUCGGAGGUCAGUUCGAGGAUGACGGUGUCAUGACCGCACCACACCAGGCUGCGACAACACUUCGGAACAUGAGGCUUAGCAAGCUACGGCUUAGAAUUGCUGAACCUCGCCCCGUUACCGCAGACGAGCGCUUUGAUGGGGCGUGCCAGAAGACCGUGGUGGACUGGAUACUGGAAGCCGCUUGGCCCACCGUACGAGGGCAUCCCGUCGAGCUGGCAGGGUAUGUGAAGGCGAGGCAGAAGAGGGCUUUUGAGGCUGCCUGUAAGGCGGAGAGGAAGAAGUUCGACGUUUGGCAGAAGCAAAGGAUGGCGGUGGGAGAUGAAGAGGGUUCGUGGGACGACUACGAUGAGUGGCUGGAGCAGGUUGGGGAUGACGAGGGCGGUGGCGUGAUGCUGGCGGAGACGACUAUGGUCAUCCAAGAAGACGAGCUUUUCGCGGCUGGACGGGUGAAGAUCUCGGCAGAGAGGCCAUUGUGCUUGUGCAAGGUACACUGUGCUGUCGAGUGUUGGAGUGCGGAUGAUUGA